UGCCUGUGGCUACCUGGAACUAUCGGAUAAAUGUAUUAUGGGAUUGAUGAUUCAGAAGGUUGUCUGCUGGACGGUGUGCCAAGGCCGCCGGACGUGCCACCUCGCAACCCGACAAUGAGUCGUCAUCAGGCCCAAUAUCACCAGCCGGCCGCGCUGCACCAGCACCUGAACGGACGCGUCGCGACCGCGCUUCAGCCCCAACAGAUCGCAUCGGCAUUAGGCGACGGCCAAGGUGGUGAUUUUGAACCUUCGUGCUUGGUACGAACUCCAUCCGGGAACGUUUAUAUACCUACCGGAACUUUAAAUCACCAAAAAACCUCACCGCUUGAUUACAAGCAACCGAACUCAGCCUGCAGCACCCCUUCAAAGACCAUCGGCGUCGGCAUGAUGAUCUCACAAUCGGGCGCAGCAGCUAUCGAUCAAAAAUAUAAUUCAGCAUCCAGCGGCGGAACCAUGCAUCGUCAUGGAACAGGAGUCCCUGUACCAGUUUUGCCCGUUAGAAAUCAGUUAAGAAGACCUAAUUCAUCUCAUUUUCCACAAAGCGGGGCUACCAGCGCGGCUCGGUUUCAUUUUCGCAAAGGAUUGGCCCGCAGAUGCUCCUGGAAAUGCGCUGCGAUUGCUUUUAUUCUGCUAUCAGUACUACUUGCAGCAGCCAUAUCAUACAUAUCCACGUCGAGCCUAUUGAAUUGGUCAUACCAAAAUUCAAAGGCUUGUUCAGUCUUGGUUAGUGAUACUAGUACGAGCACUGAUGGAGAUAUAAUUACAGCUUCUAAAAUUGCUUCUAGCGUGGACAUUUCUAAUAAAAACAUUUCUACUUCCGCCAAUAGUCGCCAGAAACCUGCUGCAACAUCAGCAAAUACGGGUUCUGGAGGUGCACGAACGUUCCCAGCGCGUUCCUUCCCACCAGAUGGCACAACAUUUUCCCAAAUUUCUCUUGGACAACGUCUUUCGAAUGAAAUACCUCCUUACGGUUAUUGGAAUAUGCAGUUCUAUCAAUCACAAGCAGCUUAUGUUACUUUUGAUUACACGAUACCACGUGGGGCUUCAGUGGGCGUUUAUGCGAGAAGAAAUGCCUUACCGACUCAUACCCAGUAUCACAUUUUGGAAGUAUUAAGUGGAUUCAAAGCCAGGACUACCCGCGCAGCACACCCAUCUAUGAAAAAACAAGUGACUCACUACAUGGAACAAGGCCAUUGGUUUUUAUCUCUCUACAAUGAUGAUGGUGACGCUCAAGAAGUGGCGUUUACUGCUGCAAUUGCAGAAGAUAUGACUCACAGUUGUCCGAAUGGAUGUAGUGGGAAAGGCGAAUGUCUUCUUGGUCAUUGUCAGUGUAGCCCAGGAUUUGGUGGAGAUGAUUGUAGUGACAGCGUAUGUCCAGUCCUGUGUAGUGCUCGCGGCGAAUAUAUUAAUGGCGAGUGUCAAUGUAAUCCUGGUUGGAAAGGCAAAGAAUGUUCUUUGAGACAUGACGAAUGUGAGGUGUCGGAUUGCGGAGGACAUGGACACUGCGUCAAUGGAAAAUGCAAUUGCGUUCGAGGAUAUAAAGGAAAAUUCUGUGAAGAAAUCGAUUGUCCUCAUCCCACCUGCUCCGGGCAUGGCGUUUGCGCCGAAGGCGGCGUAUGCGUUUGCAAACGCGGCUGGAAAGGAGCCGAUUGCGCUGAAACUGACGACGAUGCUUUACAAUGUUUACCCGAUUGUUCAGGACACGGUAGAUUCGAUAUUGAUACACAGACCUGCACUUGUGAUGACAGGUGGUCAGGGGAUGAUUGCUCCAAAGAACUUUGUGACUUGGACUGCGGUCCGAAUGGUCGAUGUGUUGGCGAAGCAUGUGUUUGCGAAGCAGGGUGGUCAGGAGAAUAUUGUACUCUGAAGCAAUGUGAUGCCAGGUGCAAUGAACAUGGCCAAUGUAAAAAUGGUACUUGUUUAUGUGUGUCUGGAUGGAAUGGCAAGCAUUGUACUUUGGAAGGUUGUCCAGGAGGUUGUUCUGGACAUGGUCAGUGUGGAGUACAUAGCGAAGGCGCUUGGGAAUGCAGAUGUUACGAUGGAUGGGACGGAAAAGACUGCAGUGUUCCCAUGGAACAAAAUUGCAAUGAUGGAAAAGACAAUGAUAAAGAUGGUUUAGUGGACUGUGAGGAUCCAGAAUGCUGUUCCAAUCAUCAAUGUCGUUCAAGUCAACUUUGCGUUUCUGCACCAAAACCUAUCGAUAUUUUACUUCGAAAGCAGCCACCUGCUGCAACAGCUUCAUUUUUCGAACGAAUGAAAUUUUUAAUCGACGAGGGUAGUUUGCAAAAUUAUGCCAAACAGGAAAAUUUCAACGAAAGCCGAUCAGCCGUAGUCCGAGGUAGAGUUGUCACAUCUCUUGGAGCAGGUCUGAUGGGUGUACGAGUUAGUACAGCAACGCCUCUUGAAGGCUUCACUCUAACCAGAGAUGAUGGCUGGUUUGAUCUUUUAGUAAAUGGAGGAGGAGCUGUUACAUUACAAUUUGGAAGAUCUCCUUUUAAAGCGCAUAGUAGAGUUGUUUCUGUACCCUGGAACGAAGUUGUUAUUAUAGAUACUGUUAUCAUGAUGACUGGUGAUGAAAAGGUGUUGCCAGUUACAGGUGUUAUGCCGCAAACUUGCGCAGUGCACGAUUAUGACGUGAUGAAGCCAGUCGUAUUAGCAACUUGGAAACAUGGUUUUCAAGGUUCAUGUCCAGACAGAUCUGCCAUACUUGCGGAAUCUCAAGUCGUACAAGAAACUCUCCAAAUUCCUGGCACAGGCUUAAAUCUUAUAUAUCACAGUUCAAGAGCCACUGGAUACUUAUCUACCAUUCAGCUACAAUUAACGCCAGAAGAAAUUCCUGAAGCUUUAAAACUUAUUCAUCUGCGAAUCACCAUAGAAGGCAUACUAUUUGAAAAAAUAUUUGAAGCUGACCCAGUGAUAAAAUUCACUUACGCUUGGAAUAGAUUAAAUGUUUACAGACAGCGGGUUUAUGGAGUCACAACAGCAAUUGUUAAAGUUGGCUACGAGUAUAGUGAUUGCAAAGAAAUAAUUUGGGAUGUACAAACAACUAAAUUAAGUGGGCAUGACAUGACAAUAUCUGAGGUCGGCGGGUGGAACUUGGACAUUCACCAUAGAUAUAACUUCCAUGAAGGAAUUCUACAAAAAGGUGAUGGUGCUAAUAUAUAUUUGAAGCACAAGCCACGCGUGAUUUUAACAAGUAUGGGUGAUGGGCAUCAGAGACCACUUGAAUGUUCAGAUUGUGAUGGUCAGGCGUACAGGCAGCGUCUAUUAGCUCCAGUUGCUUUGGCUACAGCUCCAGAUGGAUCAAUAUUUGUCGGUGAUUUUAACUUGGUUCGAAGGAUUAUGACGGAUGGGACUGUUAGAACCGUCGUGCGACUAAACGCAACUCGUGUGUCCUAUCGCUAUCACAUGGCACUAAGUCCGCUCGAUAACGCCUUAUAUAUUUCCGAUCCUGAAUCUCAUCAAAUUAUCCGUGUACGCGAUGUAGACGAUUUCACGGAUCCGGAACGAAACUGGGAACCUGUAGUUGGCUCAGGCGAACGAUGUCUUCCCGGCGAUGAGGCGCAUUGUGGCGAUGGUGCUUUAGCUAGAGAUGCAAAAUUGGCUUAUCCUAAAGGAAUUGCCGUCUCAGCGAAUAAUGUAUUAUAUUUCGCGGACGGUACAAACAUCAGAAUGGUCGACAGAGAUGGCAUCGUAACUACAGUUGUGGGAAAUCACAUGCAUAAAUCGCAUUGGAAACCAAUUCCUUGUGAAGGUACUCUGAACGUUGAGGAAGUACAUUUACGUUGGCCAACUGAAUUAGCCAUAAAUCCGUUGGAUGACUCUUUACACGUUAUAGACGAUCAUAUGAUACUGCAACUUGCUCCGGAUGGUCGUCUUAAGGUGGUAGCUGGUAGACCGUUGCAUUGCCCAUCUCCAGCUUCGGGUUAUGACGCAGAACUUGCAACUCACGCCACUUUAACUAUGCCUCAAAGUAUUGCAUUUGCUCCAUCAGGUGAUCUCUAUGUAGCUGAAAGUGAUUCACAAAGGAUUAAUCGAGUUCGAGUUAUCGGGACUGAUGGAAAAAUUUCUCCCUACGCCGGUGCGGAAUCAAAAUGUAACUGCUUGGAACGUGGAUGCGAUUGCUUCGAAGCAGAUCAUUACCUUGCCUCUGCAGCCAAAUUUAAUACAAUAUCUGCUGUCGCUGUAAGCGCUGAUGGAACUCUGCAUAUAGGUGACCAGGCUAAUUAUCGAAUUCGAUCGGUACGCGCAAGCAUUCCAGAAGCUGGUCCUAAUAGAGAGUACGAAAUCUUUGCUCCAGACACUCAAGAAAUAUAUAUAUUUAAUCGUUUUGGACAACACAUUGCAACCAAAAAUAUUUUAACUGGCGAGACCAGUUAUACAUUCACAUAUAAUGUGAAUACCAGCAAUGGAAAAUUGAGCACGGUUACUGAUGCUGCAGGUAACAAAGUAUUCCUGCUUCGUGAUUAUUCUAGUCAAGUAAACUCUAUUGAAAAUACUAAAGGGCAAAAAUGUAGAUUAAGAAUGUCAAGAAUGAAACUACUUCAUGAGCUUAGUACUCCAGAUAAUUACAAUGUCACUUUUGACUACCAUGGGCCAACUGGUUUGCUUAAGACUAAACUGGAUAGCACUGGUAGAAGUUAUGUUUAUAAUUAUGACGAAUUUGGUAGAUUAACCUCUGCUGUCAUGCCAACUGGAAAGAUGAUUAGCUUAGGAUUUGAUUUGAGCAUUAAAGGUGCUACUGUAAAAGUAACCCAGGAUAAUCGUCGGCCUGUAUCAAUGCUCAUAAAAGGCCCAUCAGUUAUCACAAAAAUUGGUGAAGCCGAAUAUCGCACAAGUGUGUACGCUGAUGGUAGUAUCGCUCGUAUAACUCCAUGGGGUCAUAGUUUCACUACUGAUACAGUUCCUUACGCCGUAUUGGCUGAAUUAGAUUCUUUGCUUGGUGAAAGUUAUCCAGUUCCUGCAAAACAAAGAACAGAAAUAGCAGGUGAUCUUGCGAACCGCGUCGAGAUGCGUUACUUCUUACGUCGUGCUGGACAACCCACGACUCGAGGUGUAGGCAAAUUAACCAGCAAAAGCGUUUUGCAAGUCGGUAGGAAAAUGAGAGUAAAUGGGGAUAAUAUGCUAACAUUAGAGUACGACAGAGAAACGGCCACGGUGGCGGUUUUCAUGGAUGAUCGAGUUGAAUUAUUGAAUGUUACUUACGACCGAACCGCUAGACCAGUUAAAUGGAGUCCACAAAGUGAUGUGUUCGACGGCGUUGAAUUAGAAUACGACAGAUUUGGGAGACUUUCUAGCUGGAAAUGGGGUGAAUUGAACGAAACAUAUUCGUUUGACAGAGCCGGGAGAUUAAACGAAAUUAAAUAUGGUGACGGUUCUAGUAUGGUAUAUGCAUUUAAAGACAUGUUUGGUGGUUUACCUUUAAAAGUUACUACUCCCAGACGUAGCGAUUACUUGUUACAAUAUGACGAAGCUGGUGCAUUACAGUCUUUAACAACUCCCCGAGGUCAUAUUCACGCGUUUUCAUUGCAAACAUCUUUAGGAUUCUUCAAGUAUCAAUAUUAUUCUCCAAUGAACAGACAUCCAUAUGAAAUACUGUAUAACGACGAUGGUCAAAUAUUGGCAAAGGUUUAUCCUCAUCAGUCUGGCAAAGUGGCCUAUGUAUAUGAUGCUACUGGUAAACUAGAAACAACGUUGGCUGGCUUAUCUUCUAUACAGUACACUUAUCAGGACACUACUGGGCUUGUAAAGAACGUGGAAAUUAAGGAACCAAAUUUUGAUUUGAAACAUGAGUUCAAAUAUCACGCUGGAAUUUUAAAGGAUGAACGAUUAAAGUUCAGUGGUAAGAGCGGAUUUUCAAGUGCUCAUUAUAAAUAUCAGUAUGACGGGAACGCCAGAUUAUCUGGUAUUGAAAUGGAUAUAGAAAGCAAAGAAUUGCCCCAACUCCGUUUGAAAUAUAAUCAAAACUUUGGUGUGUUAGAAUCAGUGAGCGAUUUGCGUAUUUAUAGAAACGCUUUCAAUAGAUCUUUUAUGCAAGAUACUGGAAAGCAGUUUAUAACUAUUACAGACUAUGAUAGACAUGGCCGUGUGAAAAGCGUGUUAAUUAAUAUUAAGUCAUUCGAUGUUUUCCGACUAGAACUUGAGUACGAUUUAAGAAAUAGAGUGAAGUCUCAGAAACUUAUGAUAGGAAGGAAUUCAAUGUUAGAUCGCGUUACUUACAAUUCCGACGGGCAUGUAAUGGAAGUCGUUGGAAGCAGCAACUGGAAGUAUGUUUAUGAUGAGAAUGGAAACACCAUUGGAGUCAUUGAGCAAGGCGAAAAAUUAACUCUUGGCUAUGAUAGUGGAGAUCGUGUCGUUCAAUAUGGAGAUGUAGAAUUCAAUUCUUACGAUGGUCGUGGUUUUGUGGUAAGACGCGGUGAACACAAGUACCGAUAUAAUUCUCGUGGCCAACUCACACACGCUUAUGAACGAGAUAGAUUUCAGGCUUGGUACUUCUACGAUGAUCGCGGUAGACUCAUAGCUUGGAGGGACGAUAAAGCAAAUGUGACACAAUAUUUUUAUUCAAAUCCAAAUACUCCAGAUCUAGUCACACACGUUCAUUUUCCUAAAACCGGAAGAACAUUCCGUUUCCUUUACGAUCAGCGCGAUGUACUUAUCACAGUUGAAACCUCAGAGCAACGUUUCUAUGUAGCUUCGGACCAAAAUGGAUCACCAUUAGCUUUGUUCGAUACUAAUGGCAAUAUUAUCAAAGAAAUUCGACGAACGCCGUUCGGAAAGAUCACUAAAGAUUCAAAUCCUGAUUUCUAUUUACCAGUCGAUUUCCAUGGAGGAAUAUUAGAUCCAAACACAAGACUAGUGUAUCUUGAUAAGAGAUUAUAUGAUCCUGUCGUUGGACAAUGGAUGACCCCAGCUUGGGAACUGCUUGCCACCAAGUUGACGACACCAACUGAUGUAUUUAUAUAUCGAUUCCGAAAUAAUGAUCCCAUAAACGGACAUGGUGAUCGUGAACCUCGAUAUAUGACAGAUUUAUCCAGCUGGAUGAGGCUUUAUGGAUAUGAUGCAGAUAAAAUGCUAGGAGCUAGAUAUGCUGCAGAUAUGAUCUAUAGACCAACAGCAACAAUAUCUGCGCCGCAAUUAAAUCCGGACUUGGGCGUUACUAGCGGACUUCAAUGCAUUGUUGAUAAAGUGAACCGACGUUUCUCAGAUCUUGGAUUUGUUCCUAAACCACUUCUCAAGACAGAAGCCAAAACACGCAACCUUUUGCCCCGUGUAGCUUACAGGCGAGCAGUUUUCGGCGAAGGUGUUCUGAUUUCUCGGGCAAACGGCCGAGCAUUAGUCAGCGUUGUGGAUGGUGUGAAUGGCGUCGUACAAGACGUAGUCACAUCGGUAUUCAACGGUUCAUACUUCCUUGAACCACACUUUAGUGUAAGAGAUCAAGAUGUAUUCUACUUCGUUAAAGAUAAUGUUCUUAAAAUUCGUGAUGAUACUGAAGAACUUAGGCGAUUAGGCGGUAUGUUCAAUGUAUCAGCUCACGAAAGUUCGGAACAUGGAGGUGGCAAAGAGUUGCGUUUACAUAAUCCUGAUGCUGUAGUCAUUAUAAGAUAUGGUACAGAUCCCAUUCAGGAGCGACAUAGAAUACUGAAACAUGCCCAUAAGCGUGCUGUGGAAAGAGCUUGGGAAUUAGAAAAACAAAUCGUAGCCGCGGGUUUCCAAGGACGUGGUGAUUGGACUGAAGAAGAGAAAGAGCAGUUAAUAGCUCAUGGUGAUGUGGAUGGAUGGGAGGGUGCUGAGAUACACAGCUCUCAUAAAUAUCCACAGUUAGCAGAUGAUCCUGGAAAUGUAGUGUUCAGACGUGACUCUAGGCGCAAGCGCAGGAAGAGUGGCGGCGCCAGGCGUCAAAAUAGGAAUUCCCGGAGGCUUUCUACGUGAGUAGCGACAGGAUUAUGUUUAUAUUAAUGAUAAUUUUGUAAAUAUUUAACAAUAAGUAAAGUAGACAGAUUAUGUUACUGCGAUAUGCGGGUAUUUUAUAAGUACCGACAAAUAAAUACGCAAUGUGAUUUG